UCAUUCAACCAAUAGUAGCAGUGCACCGGCAUGAGCUUGAUGCAUACGAUUUACUUGCUGCCUAACUGCCUCGCCGUAUCCCAGUCGCCAGAUCCAGGCGCUUUGUUUCGAGACUGAAGACGCUUUAUUCUUUGUCAAGGUAAAAGCAUCGUGUCGCCGCGUCAGCAAAUCUUCAGGACUUCAGCGACAAGGCAGCAACAAUGCCGUCACCAGACGAAGCCGUGUCGGACGGCUACUUCAACGACCUUACACAACAACUCCCCGACCAGCCCAAUCAAUCGCAACAGCCCAAAUCCAAGCGUGUAGCAUGUGUGCUGUGUCGCAAACGCAAGCUCCGAUGCGACGGCGCCAAACCAUCUUGCGCGACAUGCACACGCCUCUCCCACAAUUGCGCCUACGAUGAGGUGCGCAAGAAGAGCGGUCCCAAGAGGGGCUAUGUCAAAGAGCUGGAGGCCAGAUUGGCCCAAGUGGAAACACUCCUCAACACACACAGCGGUCUUGAGAUGCCGCAGAAUGCCGUCGACCUCCCUGUCGGCGAAGAUCUGCCAGACUUUGGUGGCAUCGAUCCCGACCAAGGACGUCUGAUGCAGGAGAUGCGUGUCGGCCAAUCUCCUCUUGAACGUACCAACACCAUGCCUGCUUCACGUGUGCCUUCCAUGUCGGAAACACACGACAUGGAGCCUGCCUUCUGGAAGGGCAACAUCGACACGCCGACAUGGGCUCCCAACUUCUCGCUACUUGCUACAGGCAUGGACGAACCUCUGCCACCUCCGGAAGUCUGCGCCGAAUUGACCAACCUUUACUUCGAACGCGCUCAUCCCUCAGCUCCACUCUUGCAUCGUCCCCGCUUCCUCAUGGCUAUGCAGAACACAUCACCUGCUUUACGUCCUCGCCUGUCUCUCCAAUACGCUGUAUGGACUCUGGGUGCGAGCUCUCAUCCCAAAUAUGAGGACAUGGUCGACACUCUAUACCGCCGAGCCCGUCAUUAUCUCGAGCGCGAUGAGAUGACUGGCGUCGGCGAGAAGAUGAUCAACCUGGCAACUGUCCAAGCCUGGCAAUGCAUCUCAGCUUACGAGUUCAAGAUGAUGUACUUUCCCCGAGCCUGGCUGAGUACUGGCAGAACCAGUCGCCUUGCCCUCAUGAUGGGUCUUCAUCGUGUCGAUGGUCCUAACAUUGACGUCAAACAAUGCCUACCUCCUCCCAAAGACUGGAUUGAGAAGGAAGAGCGCAGACGUCUGUUCUGGUUGACCUUUGCUGCCGAUCGAUAUGCUAGUAUUGGCACUGGAUGGCCCAUGACGAUAGAUGAAACCGACAUCUUUACCGAUCUACCAUCGUCCGAAGAUGCCUAUGACUCUGGUACGCCAGAGCCUUCCAUCUCUCUACAUGAAGCUUUGACGCCUGGGGGAGCUGAGACUCUAUCUUCCAUGGGCUCGGUUGGUGUCAUUGCUGCUCUUUUCGGCCGCAACUUGUUGCAUCUUCAUCGACAAGCACCCGAUCAAAACGAUGGCGAUAUCAACGGCAUCUUCUGGAAGCGGCAUCGUCAGAUGGACGGUACAAUUCUCUCAUUAUUGCUUGGUCUCCCCGAAUCAUUGCGACUGCCACUUGCCGCCUCUGAUCCGAAGGUCGUCUUCAUGAACAUGUGUGUUCAUACUUCGGUUAUCUGUCUACACCAAGCCGCUAUCUUCAAAGUAGAAAAGCAUCAACUACCAGCUAAACUCGCCACCGAAUCCAAAAUGCGCUGCUUGACUGCAGCUGCCGAAAUCUCCAGCUUGAUGAAGAUGACCAGUCACCUCGAUAUGGCUCAAGCCAACCCAUUCAUGGCCUUCUCACUUUACGUCGCCGCUCGAGUUUUUGUACAAUAUCUGAAGUCCCGACCUCGUGACGAUACCGCUAGAGGAUCAUUGCACUUCCUGUUGUCUGCUCUACAAGCCAUGAAGAAGACAAACCCUCUCGCCGAAUCAUUCAUAGCACAACUUGAUGUUGACCUCGAAGUAGCUGGUCUCGAAGAACUACGCAGUUUACGCGUCCGUGCCGCUCGUAAAGCCCAAGCUCAAGCUCAGGAAACCAUGCAAUGCCCCUACGCCGAGCUAAACAAAGACACCACCAACGGACGCAUACCCACCUUCGGCGACGGCGGUCUAGCCGCACACUCGGCUCCGAAACGCCAAUCUCAAGGCAACCACCCAUCCGGCGGCAACUUCCCACCCGAAGUCGCAGAGGCAAUGUCCCAGCAUACAGGAAACUUCAAGGGAAUCUUCCCUGUUCGGAUGAACAUUUCCUCCGAUAGUUCUACCGCAAACACGUCACCUCAAACACUUGGAUCUAGCAGUGAGGCAGAUAUUAUGGAUUUAUCUGCAAACAACAGUGGGGUUUCGCCUUCCGACUCGUCAUCGUCUUCUAUUCCUGCAAAUCACUCUGCACUCAUCUUCAGACAAUCUUCAAAUAAUUGGCAAGGGUCUGUGCAACAGCAAUCUCCAUCGAUGGGUUACACGCAUAUCCCUCAACAACAGCAACAGCAACAAACUAUGCAAGAUACACCCAUGUCUACAUUACUCCCUCACAUGUCCGACUUUUCGACCACGGAGUUCAUGAACUUCAGCAAGACGUCAACGAGUACGGUGUUAGAGCUAGGAGCUGUAGAUGAAGGCCAACUCUUCCAACUCAGUGAUGCAGAAUGGGGGCAAGUGAUGGGCGAAUUCGGAGAUGAGUUGAAUGGAAUGAACAAUGGAGAAUUACAAUGGGAAGGCGGGGUGAGGAACGCUUUUGGAAAUGUCCAAUAGACGUGUGUGUGCGUGCGUGUGCGCAAAGGGGGCGAGGAUCAUUGACGACGAAGGAAAGACAUUGAGGGCUCAGAUCAAGGGUGGAGAGUGUUGCGCAACAAGGAAAUCGGUGGCUUUUUUUGGGUAUACCAUGGAAAUUUGUAUUCUAGGGAAGGGCAAGGUGGGAUGGUGUUGGGUUCAGGAGAAAUACACACACAACUCUACUGCUAGGUUAAAUCACGAAUGUAACGAAUAUAUAUUUCUCAUCUCAGAUCAUGCUUGCCACUCGAUUCGAGCACCCGUCUCCUGAGAUGGUGAAGAACAGCGGUUCUCCAUGCUCGAAAACAUAUUCUCGACGCAACGUUAUGCAUUGCUGAAGCGUCGAGUGACU